CUGCGUAGUUGCGGGUAUCGGUGUUUCCGUGCGAUCCGUAGUGCAUUUUCUUCGCGUUGUCAUCGCUGGAGUGGAUGGCGACAGAUUGUAGUUUACUGGACGAGUCUGCAAAUUACUUGUCAAGUCUUUCUGACGCUGACAGAGCACGGUAUGAGCAAAAGAUCGCGCAAUGCGGCGUUGAUCCGUUCUCAAUCGACGCAAAGAACUGUACUUCCAACGUGGACCUUUGGCCGCAGAUUGAUAUGUGCGACAUUCUUGACUUUCUUGUGUUGAGGACCAGCUUCAUAACCCGAAAACAGCUGAAGUCUUACAAGUCGUUGGAGGGUCACAAUUUCGUGACCAGCGGUUGGGUUAAAGAGCCGUGGCUAAAGCAGCCCACUCCGCACACUAUCAUCGCCGUAACACAAGUUAAUCAUUCUCAAGCCUUAUCGAAGCUUCCUCUCAAGACGUGGAUAUUUGCAAAAAAUGACGGCGAAGUGCUUGCAGCCCACUGUUUAUGCAUGGCAGGCAAUGGCGAAGCGUGCUCUCACGUUGCUGCGUUGUUAUUUUACUUAGAGUGCGGUCACCGUGCGCGUGUGGAACGUUCGUGUACUGAUGGUGACAACAGCUGGCUACCAGCCCACAUCCGAAGGAUUGAAACGCGCCCCGUUGUUGAGAUGGACUUUGCGUCGGCGUCCAUGAAAAAACGUCGGCUUGAUGGUGACGCUGCUUCGCCCUGUGAGCUGAAGGCAGUGACGAGAACACGAGCUCCACCUCCAACGAAACAAGAAUGGGAGAAAUUUUUCGACUGUUUGAUCGCCUCUGGACUCCGACCAGCUGUGUCAAGCACAGACCCUCGAUACAGCGACCUCUUUGUGCCUGCCGUUAGAACUUGUAAUGGUGCUGACUUGCGUCGUCUCUACGAUCCAAGUACAUCCAGUUUAACUACGUACAGCGAGGUGCUGGAGCACUGCGACAACAUUUUCAAGACAUUGACAAUUAACGACAAGGCUAUUCGUACCAUUGAGAAAAUGACAAGGAACCAGGCAAAGAGUGCACACUGGUUUACAUUCAGGAUGGGGCGAGUUACUGCUUCCUCCCUGUAUGAUGUGUGUCACACACAACUGGGAUACCCAUCAAUGAGCCUCAUCAAGAAAAUCUGUUCUUCGCAAAGUGACAAGGUCUCCACCCCAGCUCUCAAGCAUGGCCGUGAAAAGGAAGCUGUUGCUCUUGCCAAGUACAAGAAAUUGGCUCACGAGCUCCACAAUGAAGUUCAGUUUGAAGUGGCAGGGCUUUUCAUCUCCGAGGACUAUUUGUUCCUAGGAGCUACUCCUGACCUGCUAGUCCGAUGCACAUGCUGUGGUUCAGGUGUUGUUGAAGUCAAAUGCCCUUGGAAAGUAAGGGACGGCCACCUCAGUGACCUGCUUAAUGAUUCAAGAGGCUGUGUAAGAGACUGCAACGGUGUGCUGGAACUGAAGAUGGACCACCGCUAUCAUUACCAAGUGCAAGCUCAAAUGUUUGUGUGUAAUGCUAGCUAUGCAGACUUUGUUCUGUGGAACGAGAACGAAAUCAAUGUGCAGAGAAUUUAUCGGGAUGACAGCUUCAUGAAGCCAUUAGUAGAAACUGCGACAGACUUUUUCAAAAAGGUUCUCUUGCCAGAGGUAGUGACACAUUGGUUCUCAAGCCGUAAAGAGAACACGCCUGUACUGCCUGCGCCACCUGUGCCAUGCACAUCAAAUCCUCUGAUGCCAAGUCAAACUGAUAACACAAAAGCAGCCCAAUGUGACACUGCCAUCUCCAAGGUUGUGUGCACAUGCAAAGGACGAAAACGGAGCAAAAUAAUUGCAUGUAAUAAUGCUACGUGCUCAAUCAAGUUGUUUCAUUUAAGUUGUGUAGGGUUGAAAAGGUCACCAAAAGGUGUACAGUGGUACUGCGAGUCCUGUUCCAAACAACUUAAGUGACUAUGAAAGUGCACAGACCAAAAGUAAAAGGUAUCACAUGAAGUAGAGGUGU